AGAACCAGAUUGUGGAGCAGUAUGAGAGGCUACAGGUCAGGGCAUCACCGAGUCUGAGCGGAGGUCCUGGAAAGGAAGACUCAGAAAGCCGUGAGCAUGGCUAGUGCAACGCAGGAACUGGUUAUCUAGAGGAUGAGUCUGGUGAGGAGCAUGUGUGAGAGUGAGGGACAACAGUUACUGGAGCAAGUGUAUGGUGAAGAGAAGAGGGUCAACCAGAGUAUCCUGACUGAGCUGGCCUAUUGGACCGAGGAACUGAAGAAGCUGGACAACAUCCAGACCAGCCUGGUUGGCAUGCUAACCCAUCUAGAUGACCUCCAGCUGGUUGCAAGUCAGGAGAGGGAGAAGGAGCAGGAGGUUUUUGACAGGCAGCACGAGCCUCUGGCAUUGCUUCAGUGCCCAGCACAGCGGGGCGUGCUGCUGGACCUCCAAGCAGGAGAGCUGCUCUUCUGUGAGCCUGCCUUGGGGACAGUCCUUCACAUCCACCGCUCAUCCUUCUCUCAGCCGCUGUCCCCAGUCUUUGCCGUGGCAGACCAGGUCAUCUCCAUCGUCCACUGGCCACAGUGAGAUCAGACCCACCUCCUCAUCACCCUUGUAGCACAUUUUCAAGGUCUGCAGUCCAGGCUCUCAUGCCCUUCUGCCACCUGGCCUGCACUCCAGACUCCCCCAGCUGCAGACUUGUCUGUGGAAAGUACCCUGCAGAGGAGAACUUCUGCUCCCCCGCUCUUCUGCUGUCUGCCCCACUUAACCCUGCAGUACUGUCAAUAAAGGAGACUGUCUUGUCUCUGUCUCUCACA